AUGAGUGACUGGACUGUCAACAUCGACGACUCGAGCUCCGUCAUCAACUACUCUCCUUACGGUAUGGAUGGCGGUCUGGGAGUUCACUUCAGCACAGGCUGGCAGGCGUGGUACUCCGCAUUCCCGGGAGGAGCUCCCCAACACGGGCAGUCUCCGGCUGGACAAUCAGAGCACAUAACAGCACUGCCCGGUGCUUCUUUCGACUUCAAAUUUUAUGGAACGACCGUCGUUCUUUACGGCUCUGCCAAUUGCUCGUACACUGUCGCCGUAGACGGGGAUUCACGCUCGUUGGAUCCUUCACAGGGACCAGAGCUGUUCCAUUCCGGCACCAUGUCCCAGCAAACCCAUACCGUCACCGUCACUGUCGGCGAUGCUUCGAGUUCGAGCAUGUUCGCUUUCGACGGUGCAAACAUCACCCGUUCGCACCUGGACCAAGACGGCCCUGAUGGCCCCGAGACAACCGUGAUCCAGAACACAAACACUACUUUUCUGAAUUACGUUGGGCCGUGGACCUUGGAAAACACCGACGGAACGAUCAACAUUCCAAGCAUAGCGCAUCCGGCGCCUUAUCACAAAGUAGUAAAUGGGACCCCAAGUAUGUCGUUCUCUUUCCGAGGAACCGGUCUUGCGAUCAAUGGCACACGGAACGACGGAGCAUGGAAAUUUGCUGUGAGUGUAGAUGGCACCAGCUCCACCUUCAACAGCAGCACAGAGUGGUUUAUACCCGACGCACUUUUGUACUACCAAGACGGACUCGAUGCGCAACAAGUCCACAACGUCACCCUAACUCCUGUUGUCGGCAACGGCUUCCAGUUCUGGCUAAACACCGUCACCCUCUUCAACGUCCAAAAUGCCUCGUCUACCAACCCCAGCAACACCUCCAGCCCCGGAAGCAACCCGGGGGGCCCCGAUAACAGCGGCAGCGACACCUCCAAGUCCCACACCGGCACCAUCGUCGGCGCUGUGGUGGGGAGUGUCGCAGGUCUCGCGCUCGUCGCCGCGCUUCUCUUUUUCUGGCUCCGCGGGCACCGCGCUCGGACCGAGCGCGCGCAGAAAGGCCACUGGAUGACGCCCUUCCCCGCGACCACCUCGUCCCCACCCCCACCUGCGAUGUCCGCGGCGCCCGACGGCGCCCCCUCCACCCCCCUAACGGCGACGACGGCGCGCGUGCCGUAUACAGGCGGGCGGCCGUCGAAGCUCGCCGCGGAGCAGGCGUACGCCGCGAACCCGCGGCCGAGCGCGGCCACUGCGCCUGGAACCUCGCCGGCCUCGCCCGGUGCGCCGUCAGCCUCAGGGUCGCAGCCCUCCGGGAGCGCGUACAGCGCGUCGGGGUCGCAGCAUUCGAGCCAAGGCGCGCAGUCCGAGCCGAGCACGGCGGCGGUGGAGCGGCUCGUGGAGGUGAUCAUAAACCGCAUCGAACGCACGGAGCAGAACCGGUCCCUGGGGAGCGACGUCCACCCCGACUUCCCACCGCCGGAGUACUCUGCGUGA